AUGACUGCAAAAAUGAGUACCCAAGUUCGAAAAUUUUUCCUAAUAAAUUCACAAUGUGUUCAUGUAUUAGCAGUUAUUCCAGGGAAAAUAAUGCCACCCAAUUUUUGGAUAUGGACACUUUUAACCCAUUCAUUUAUUGAAUUACAUAUAUGGCAUACAUGUAUUGAUGUUAUUGUGGUAUUUUUAUACAGUAAAAUGAUUGAACCACUAUGGGGAACAAAAGAGUUACUCUCAUUCUAUUUUCUUGUGACAAUACCCAAUGCCAUUUUUGCCACCUGCAUUUACUUCAUGAUUUAUAUGUUUACAUUCAAUGACGAAUAUUUAUUUGAACGACCAAUUUAUGGUCUCGCGUCAUUUAUUGGAGCAUAUUGUGUUGUUAUCAAACAAAUUAUGCCUGACACUGUUAUUAUCUCAACACCAUUUAUAAAACUUAAACAAGAUCAUGUUCCAUUAUUGAUUAUUCUUAUAUCAACACUAUUAUAUGUCAUCAAUGCUGUACCCGUUCAUUUUCUCAUUAUGCUCUCGUUUGGCAUAUUUAUUAGCUGGACAUAUUUAAGAUUUUUCCAAUUACAUAAAAAUGGUUCGAGGGGUGAUCAAUCAAAUACAUUUUCAUUUGCAAGCUUUUUCCCACCACCGAUUCAGCCCGUUAUUAGUGUGUUGGCAAAUACGGUUUUUGAAUUAUUUGUUCGUAUUAAAAUCUGUAAACCAUUUGUGAAAAAAUAUAAUGUUGCUGCACCAUCGUCGAUCACAAUCACAAUUCCAGGAGCUGAAGCAGCAGAUGCUGAUCGUAGAAGUACUCAUACAUUUUCUACUUUUUUUUUAUUAAGACAAAAAGCUCUUAAAGCAUUAGAUGACAGAUUGAAACAAUCAUCAGAAGCAUGGCCGGAUAUUGAUGAGAGUACAACAACAAAUACUGCAGCACAAACUCAUCAGAUACAUUCAACAACAAAUCCGUCAAAUUCACAAAAUAAUCUCAUGACGAGUACGACGAAUAAUAAUACUACGAGUAAUGCAAAUAAUGCUACUACCAUUGACUUGAACAAUUCAACUAGUAAUAAUAACCAAGAAUAUCAUGAACAAACGACGACGACACAAUAA